AUCGAACAGCUGAUGAUGAUAAAUAAUCAAUCGAACAAGGAGAGAACAACAAAAAUACGUAUUUUUUGUAUUUUUGUUUAGUGUUAUUUUAACAGAUAAAAAAAACUAUUGUGUUAUAAAGUAUUUAGAAAAAUAAAGAAGAUUAUGGCCGAAAAUGAGACACUAUGUAGUGAGACAGAAGAUAGCACAGAAGAAGACAUCGAGCCAAAAUUUAAAUACCAACGUUUAGCUCAUGAUCUAAAAGACAUACUCAAUAAGGAUGUGGUUACGGCCUGUGCUGUACAUUCCAAGUUUUUAAUUUUUGGCACAUUUUUGGGCGGUGUCUAUCUCUUGGAUCAUCAAGGUAAUACGGUGAAUUCUCAGUUAAGUUGCGACCGAAAGGAAUUUGCUCACACUGUAGCUGUAAAUGAGGUAGACAUUGACACCAAAGGUGAAUACGUUGUGACAUGUUCGGAUGAUGGCAAAGUCAAUAUUAUUGGUUUGUUUAGUGAAGAGCAAAAUCAAACUAUUACCUUUGGUCAUUCAAUAAGAUCGGUGGUAUUGGAUCCAGAUCCUAAAGUUAGUGAAGGUCGAAGAUUUAUAGUGGGCGAUGAUAAACUUACACUAUAUGAAAAAAAUUUUCUUAAAAAAUUAAAACCAAAUGUACUUUCUAAUGCCGAGGGUCAUGUAAUAUCGGUGUGUUGGAAUGGUUCAUUUGUAGCCUGGGCCAGCUGUUUAGGUGUCAGAGUAUAUGAUUUAAACGAAAAAUGUUCAUUGGGUCUAAUGAAAUGGGAGGAGCCGCCUAAUUCCCGUCUAGAAAAUUUUCGCUGCAAUUUUCGUUGGGCCAAUUCAAAUACUUUACUUAUUGGCUGGGUUGAUACGAUACGAAUUUGUGUAAUACGUAAACGUAAUUCUGUAGAGGCCACCUUAAGAGCAUUGCCUGGUUUUAUAGUUGAUCCCAUAUCUACAUUUCAAACCACAUUUUAUAUUAGUGGUCUGGCUGCUUUAACUUCCAAUCAGUUAGUUGUCCUUGGUUAUCCCAAGGAAAAGGAUUCUGAACGCAAAGCUUUACGUCCAGUAUUAUCAGUGUUGGAAUAUAAAUUGAAUAGUAGUGAAGAAGUGUGUACCGACAGUUUAUCUUUAAGAGGUUUUAAGGAAUAUUCAGUAAAUGAUUACAUUUUGGGUUGUUUGCCAGAAGAGAAUCGAUAUUAUCUUAUUGCACCAAAGGACAUUGUUGUGGCAACUUUACUCGAUACUGAGGAUCGAGUCCAAUGGUUAAUAGAACACAAAAAAUUCGAAGAAGCUAUGGAAAUAACAUCUUUACAUGGCGGUAAUGUUUUGCCGGUAGCUCGAACUUAUAUAAAUUAUUUAAUAACGAAAAAAGAUUUUGAUACAGCGGGAAAAUUGUGUCUUCGUGUAUUGGGCAAUAAUAAAUCGUUGUGGGAAGAGGAAGUCUUUAAAUUUGUUAAGCACAAUCAAUUAAGAUCGGUUAGUGCUUACUUGCCCACAUCCGAUGAUUGCAAGUUAGAUCCUCAUGUUUACGAAAUGGUAUUGUACGAAUACUUGAAAUUAGAUGUUAAAGGCUUUUUAAAUUUAAUCAAAGAGUGGCCAUCAAAUUUAUAUGACUGUUCAGCGGUUAUAAAUGCAAUACAUGAUAAUUUCCGCAAACAAUAUGCCAAUGAAUUGCUGGAAUCGUUAGCUUUACUCUACACCUACCAAAAGGACUAUGAAAAUGCAUUGAGAAUGUAUUUGAAAUUGGAAAACAAAGAUGUUUUCGAUUUAAUUAGACGUUAUGAUCUUUAUAGUGUGAUACACAAAAUGAUUGUACCCCUAAUACAGCUGGAUCAGGAGCGUGCCUUUCAAAUCCUAUUGAACAAAAGUAAAAUACCGCCAGAAAUUGUUGUUCAGCAACUGGAGCAAUAUCAGGAAUAUUUAUAUUUGUAUUUAGAUGCCUUAGAUAAGGUGGAUAGUAGUGGUACAUUCCAUUGGAAGUUAGUUGGUCUAUAUGCUACAUAUAAUCGUUCAAAACUUUUGCCAUUUCUCAGGCGCUCCAAACAUUACCACAUACAGGAAGCUUUGAAUAUUUGCCAAAGUAAAUCAUUUCAUCCCGAAAUGGUGUAUUUACUGGGACAAAUGGGUAAUGUUACCGAAGCUUUGAAUAUCAUAAUACACAAGAUAGUAGACAUUGAAAUGGCCAUAGAGUUUUGUAAAGAACAUGACGAUUCGGAUCUGUGGAAUUUAUUAAUAGAAGAAUCUGUAAAAAAUCCCGAAAUACUAACGAUAUUAUUAGAUGGCAUUAUAGGUUAUGUAAAUCCUGAAGGUUUGGUGAAUAAAAUAAAAUUAGGACAAAAAAUACCAGGUUUAAGAAGAUCUUUAUAUAAAAUGUUAUGGGAUUAUCGUUUACAGGUGGAAAUUCAAAAAGGUUUCAACAAAAUCCAAUUAAUUGAUUAUUUCGGCACACAUUCGGAGGUGGUGCGUCAACAAAAUCGUGCUUUAAGUAUUAGCUAUGAAAAUAAUUGUGGCAAAUGCGAGCGCAGCAUUUUAUCUAAAGAAACUAUACCGCGUAAUGAUGUGGUGGCUUUCAAGUGUGGCCAUGUGUAUCAUGAAGCCUGUGUUCCUGGUCGUUAUGUCAAGGAACAUUGUGGUAUUUGCUCAGUCGACACUGAUGAUGAAUCUGACUAAUUUUCUUCAUUUAAUUCCCUUUCAUAAAUGACAUAUUAUUUGUUGUGUUUUAUUUAUUUAAUUAUCAUUCUUUUUUUUAAAUGAAGUUGCAAUAGUUUGAAUUUAAGUUUUCAUUUUAUACUUUAAUGCAAUUUUUAACUGAUAAUUGUUUAGUUGUAAUUCUUAUGUUUUAAACAAAAAUUCAAUAAUAAUUAAGCUUAAACAUAUACUUAUGUAUGUAUGUAAAUGUUUUUUAUACAAAGGUAUAAUUAAAAUAUAAUUAUUUCAGCUAUUACAUAUAACUGAGAAAUAUAAUUCAUAAAUUUUUUAUUCAUCACAUUUUACGUGCAUUAUAAAGUUUGUACCAAUAAAUUAAGAAAUAUUUUUUGAAAAUUAAAUAAAA